UCCCCAGCCUCUGCCUCCCCCCACCCCCAGCCGCCAUGUCGCGGAUCGAGCGGGUACAGACCAGCCCGUACCAGGACCAGAAGCCGGGGACGAGCGGCCUGAGGAAGCGGACGGUCGUGUUCGAGACACAGCCGCGGUACACACACAACUUCAUCCAGAGCAUCCUGGCGGCGGCGGCGGCGGAGCCCGACAAGGAGCCGGACAGCACGCUGGUGGUGGGCGGCGACGGCCGCUACUACAACACCGAGGCCAUCGGCAUCAUCGUGAGCAUGGCGGCCGCCUACGGGAUUGGACGCUUGGUGAUUGGCCAGAACGGGAUUGUGUCCACGCCCGCCGUUUCCUGCCUGAUCAGGAAAAUCAACGCAAUCGGAGGCAUCAUCCUGACCGCCAGCCACAACCCUGGUGGGACUGAGGGAGAUGUGGGCAUCAAGUUCAACACUGCCAACGGAGGUCCUGCCUCCGAGUUGGUCACAGAUAAGAUCUUCCAGAUCAGCAAAACUAUUGAAGAGUACGCUAUCUGUCCUGACCUGAAAGUGGAUCUCAGCAAGAUCGGCAAGCAGGAGUUCGACCUGGAGAACAAGUUCAAGCCCUUUACAGUGGAGAUCGUGGACUCGGUGGAAGCUUAUGCCAGCAUGCUCCGUGGGAUCUUUGACUUCACCGCCCUGAAGGAGCUGUUUUCUGGGACAAACAGUCUGAAGAUCAGGCUUGACGCUUUACACGGAGUGAUGGGGCCAUACGUCAAGAGGAUAUUGUGUGAGGAGCUGGGGGCUCCAGCCAACUCCGCCGUCAACUGUGUGCCGCUGGAGGACUGGGGCCAUCACCCUGACCCCAACCUGACCUACGCCGCAGACCUGGUAGCCGCCAUGAAGUCCGGCGAUUAUGACUUUGGAGCCGCCUUUGACGGUGACGGAGACCGCAACAUGAUCCUGGGGAAGCACGGCUUCUUUGUUAACCCCUCGGAUUCCGUGGCUGUGAUCGCCGCCAACAUCUUCAGCAUCCCCUACUUCAAACAGACCGGGGUCCGCGGCUUUGCCCGCAGCAUGCCCACCAGCGGGGCGCUCGAUCGGGUGGCGAAGGCCACACAGAUCGCGCUGUACGAGACGCCCACCGGCUGGAAGUUCUUUGGCAAUCUGAUGGAUGCGAACAAGUUAUCACUGUGUGGAGAGGAGAGCUUUGGCACGGGCUCUGAUCAUAUCCGUGAGAAGGACGGGCUGUGGGCGGUGCUGGCGUGGCUGUCAAUCAUUGCCACGCGCAAGAUGAGCGUGGAGGACAUCAUGAAGGAACACUGGCAGAAAUAUGGCCGCAAUUUCUUCACCAGAUAUGACUAUGAGGAGGUGGAUGGGGAAGCAGCAGGGAAGAUGAUGAAAGACCUGGAGGCUCUCAUCACGGACCGGAAAUAUGUUGGCCACAAGUUCAAGCUCUGCAAAGACGAGUACGUUGUGGAGAAAGCUGACAACUUUGAGUACAGCGACCCCAUAGAUGGCAGCAUCUCCAGGAACCAGGGGCUGAGGAUCGUGUUCACUGAUGGGUCGCGCCUGAUCUUCCGACUGAGCGGCACUGGCAGCGCGGGAGCCACCGUCCGCAUCUACAUCGACAGCUACACUAACGACAAGGGCAAGAUCUUCAAGGACGCCCAGGAGAUGCUGGCCCCCCUGGUGAAGAUUGCCAUGAGCGUGUCUCAGAUCCAGGAGAGGACAGGACGCACGGCCCCCACUGUCAUCACAUAGAGCUGGGCCCGAACCUCAGGCAGUCUCACGCCCUCAGUGUGUGCAGCAGAAACCCGCUGCAGGAAACUCAAUACAAUAUGAAGUUAAUUUAAGGUGUUGCUUCCCGCUCCACGUUCUGUUUCCCUGAGCAGUGGUCAGGCAUUCAGAGAGAGGGAGAGAGCCUGGACUGUAACAAAUUACAAAUUAAUGUACAAAUAAUUUAAGUCUAAAGUGAAAUGCUAUAUCGUCUGUCUCUAGGUACUUUGCCUCUCUCACUCUCCGGACCCCCCCCCACCACCCCAUUGCUGUCCCAGUGCCUUGGGACGUUCUCCUGACGUGUAGGCGCAUUUAUUGUACAAUGUAUUGUUGUGCCAGUGAAAUCUUGUGUCUCAGUACUUGUGCUCCAAAAGUUCUUUAAGGCAAAAUAUUUUAGGUAAUGCAAAUGAGCCAUUGCUUUGCCAGUGAGGCUGCUGUGUCUCUGCACCCCCCAACCCUCCCCCCCCCCCCCCCCCCCGGACUGGAUUCACCCCUCAAUUGGGAGGAGGUGCUAACAGACAGGAGAUGCUAUUAUCAAGUCGCUGAAUGAUUGUGUCUUUUCCCCCUUCGCCCACCCGGUAAGGACUCUGUCCAGAAGUUGAAGUGACUUUUUUUCUUUUCAAAGUGCCUACACCAAGGUGAGUGCUUUAUGACUGGAUGCACUUUUCUUUGACGCCCCAUUGAGCUUCCACUGUUAACGGUACUGCUCAUGAUCUGAUCUCAGUCAGAGAGACAGUAUCCGGGGCUCAAUCAGUCCCCAGGGGGUCAGUCCCAGGGUCUAACCUCAGGUCUCAGUCCUCACUUACCUCCGUCCAGAUGAUUUUGUCGAUUUAAAAACGUGUCUCUGUGACUUUAAAUAAAGCAUUGCACGCGA